AUGUCCAGUAUUCCACUUAUCUGUUCUAUAGAUGUCGGUACUACCUCCACCAGAGUGAUUCUAUUCACUGAGAGUGGGGAGGAGAUCACCAAACACCAGAUCGAGUACUCCACUUCUGCAAAGGAGGGGUCGAAACGGAAUUCCCCAACUAUUUUUUCCAACGAAGGUAUAGCUUUGGAAAUCGGCAAAGACGGCCAUGUCCAGGUCGAAGAAGACCACAUGGGCCCUACCUUGUCUUUCCCUCAGCCAGGAUGGGUCGAAUGUGAUCCUUGUCACAUUCUGGCCAACGUUCUAGAGUGUCUGGCAGCCUGUUUGAUGAGACUCGAAAUUUCGAAUUCUGAGGAACCGCUCGACGGCUCUUUGCCUACAGUUUACCACGUGGCGGCUAUCGGUAUUGCCAACAUGCGUGAGACCACCAUUAUAUGGUCCAAGCGUACCGGCAAGCCGCUGCACAACGGUAUUGUUUGGAACGACACCCGGACCCUCAACUUGAUGAACCAGCUGAACAGUGUUGUUCCCGAGGAUAUUCGCACCAUGCUCCAAGAACGGUCCGGCUGUCCGAUCUCUACCUAUUUCUCGUCUCUUAAAUGGACCUGGCUGUACGACAAUGUCCCAGAAAUACAGGAAAGUUAUGAUAGUGGAGAAUGCGACUUGAUGUUUGGUACUAUCGACACCUGGCUGAUCUACAAUAUCACCAAAGAAAAAUCAUUCCUUACAGACAUCACGAACGCGUCAAGAACCAGUUUCAUGAACCUAGAGACCAAAGACUACGACGAGGCGCUGCUUGAAUUUUGGAGAGUCGACACCACCAAAAUCAAUCUUCCAAAAAUCGUUCCUAGUUGUUACGAUUUCGGAACGUUCCAGCUGCCAGACCUGAAACACAUUGGGUACCAGCGGAAGGUGCUGUCGCAGGACGCGGAGGAGAUUAUCAUGAGACUGCUUGCGGACGUUCCGAUUACAGGUUGCUUGGGUGACCAAUCUGCUUCUCUGGUUGGCCAGCUGGCCUUCCAAAAAGGAGACGCCAAAUGUACCUACGGUACCGGUGCCUUCUUGCUGUACAACACAGGCGACAAGAAACUGGUUUCCAAGCACGGCGCAGUCACCACUGUCGGAUACUGGUUCCCUGACUUGGACCCUUCUGUCGACGGCAAAGACUCGGUUAACCCUCACUACUGUCUGGAAGGUUCGAUCGCUGUUGCCGGCGCGUGUGUCCAAUGGCUGAGAGACAACCUGAAACUCAUUUAUAGCUCCUCGCACAUUGGUCCUCUUGCUGCUCAGGCUCCUACAAGCGCGGGCGUGGUGUUUGUUCCUGCGUUCUCCGGUCUUUUUGCUCCAUACUGGAACCCUAGAACUACGGGAACGAUCUUUGGGCUCACGCAGUACUCCAAGGCCUCUCACAUUGCCAGAGCGGCCAUCGAGGGAGUUUGUUUCCAGGUCCGUGCUAUUUUGCGUGCCAUGGUCUCAGACGCUGGCAGAUCAUCUGAGUUUCUCGACCAUGCCGAGCUUCAAGACAAAAAUAACCCAUUGAACACUCUCCACGUGGACGGUGGUAUGUCUCAGUCUGACGUCGUGAUGCAGAUUCAAGCCGAUCUGCUGGGGCCAUGCGUUUCGGUCGUGAGAUCCGACAAUGCAGAGUGUACUGCUUUGGGCUCUGCCAUAGCUGCAGGACUUCACAAAAAAGUCCGGGUUUGGAAGUCGCUCAAAGACGUGAGCGAGAAGCUCAACGGCGGGUCAGACGAAAGCAACAUGUUCGUGGCCCAGCUGGACGACGAGAAAAGACAUCACAUGUGGAAACGUUGGGAAAAGGCCAUUUCGAGGGCCAAAGACUGGCUCGACGACGAGACCGAACAGCCACAUAUUACGUAA